GCCACGGGAUCCCAUUCGGGGAAGGGCUUUCCCGUGUUUGGGACCAAUUUCCUCUCGCUGGUAGACGUGUCCUACUCAUAAAAAGCUCUUGACUUUUCUCACCGACAGCCGUCGCCAUGUCCAAUAACAACGCCAGCAACAACUUAAUCAUCGCCCAGAGGGCCGUGAAGCAGCUCCGUUUGGAGGCCAGCAUCCGUAGGAUCAAGGUGUCUCAGGCUGCUGCCGAGUUGAGGAACUUCUGUCUGCAAAAUGCCUCCAAGGACCCGCUCCUGGUCGGUGUCCCCUCCAGCGAUAAUCCCUUUAGACCGCCAAAGUCCUGCUCCCUGUUCUGAGCUUGGCAAGAGCAAUGAAGAAUUUCUGAAUCUAUACAACUAAUGCUCUCUUCAGUUUUACUUAAUGAGGCUGUAGAUCUACUUGCAGUUCCCUCCUGGACGUCAUGAUGAAUGCUUUCGGGAGCGGGAUUGGCCCAUUUGUUUGCCAAAACACUUCAUCAGUCACAUUCAUGCUGCACCAAACUUGUGAAGUCCAAAAAUGGUCAAGAAAUCACACCAACAUUACUAAUACAUUUGAAGUAUUUAUUUUGUUUUGCUAGACAUUUGUUGUCCAAAUUAAUAUUAUUUUAUAUUUAGUGCCAUAGAUAAAGACAGAUAUUAAUUUAAAUUGUAGUGCUGUUAUGUCAUAUGCGAUACUUUACACAAAGACUACAGAAAUGCAUAGAAUUGAACUUGUGGACAUGAGAAUAUUUAUGAGGUGUGAUCCACUUUUUAGAGAUUUACUGCUAUGAUUUUGUCCUCACUAUUGAGAAACACUACGACAUGGUACCGACCGAGAUGUGUGUGUGUUUUUUUUUUAAUAGCUUGUUGGUGUUGCUUUUAGCUUGUACUCUGUUACCAUCUUUAAAACAUGCCUUAAACUAUUGAAAUAGUGACUUAUUGUAUGCCCCUUUAUAUAUGCAAAUGGUCAAACAGCAGCUAUUUCACAACACCCAAAUGUUCCUGAUAAUGAAUGUUUGCAGAAGGCCUGUUGCAUGACCUGUUUUCCGCAAUGGAACGGUAUGCCAUGCAACCAUAUCUUUUACUACUGUUACGCUGUAUUUUCCUUGUCUUCGCUACUGUGAGCAACAUUUUUAGAAAUUAAAAUUUCUUUUUCGUACACUGACAA